AGCGCCCCGAUGGCGGGUCUUUGUGAUCAAGCGCAGCCAUAUUUCUUUUCGUGGAUCUUUCUUACCAAGGGCAAGGAAAGUGCGGAUCCCAAUACUGACAGAAAUGAUUUUGUCGAUUUUGCGCGUAUCGUAACCUGGUUGUUGUGUAGUGGCAGUGUAUUGAGUAACGGUUACACAUGGCUAAGGAAAACAGCGAUUUAUCUGGCAGACAACAGCCGUCACCGCGCAACGUGAACAUCUAUGACGCGACCAACUCAUUUGUAAAAAAGAUGACAACCAAGAUGACAGAUUUGAUACCACAAUCCUUACGACUUUCCAAAUGGUUCAAUUCAACUGAAAAUAUUGCUGAUACAUUAGAUGGUAAGGAGAAUACAGAAAAUGCAGAAUUUGAGGAAGGACAACCUCCUCCUAAUAAGCGUAUUCGUAUGGAUAGAAUUUAUCCACCUGGUACAUUUUCUAUACAAACAAGAACAAAAAGUACGGUAAACACUCUUGAUCUUUCUAAAGAACAACCUUCUGUUCAUAGUAACAUGACAGAAGAAUUUUUAGAUCAAGCAACACCUGGACCAAGUGGUCUAAGCUGUUUGAUGUCUUCAACAGUACAAGCAGACAUUAGGGAUGUGACAUCUCACAAGUCUGACUUAAAUUCUUUAACUUCAUUGACUAAUGAUGGAAUUACUAACGGUACAGAUGAUAAUUCGGAAUCAAGUGAAACUAGUGGAUGUAGUUCGCUUAUUCAACAAAUGAAUAGAUUUGAAGGACCAGCUUUAUAUAGUUCUACAUUUUCUAGUAGAAAGAGACAUAUUGAUGAUAAAUUGAGAUUUACAAGUUCUUUACAAUCUUCAAAGUCUUCAUUUUUAAACAGUAGUUCUCGUGAGACUUUAAGCAGUCGUAGACCUAGAUUUAAUGAAUCAGUUGUGACAAAUGUUCUUCAACGCACAUCUGCUUUAUCUUCUCCUUUUUAUGAUGGUAAUACUACUUUUGGGGGUGCGAAUACAGCAGGGUUUUACAGCCACAAUCGUAAUUUUUUUAACAAUAGUUUAAAUCAGUUAGAGCUUAAAGUACCGAAAAGGACAAAUGUUGUAGUUACUCCUUCUAAUGUCACAGAAAGUGAUUCGUCAGGCAUGAGUCAAACCGCUAAAAAAAUAUUGGAAGCUUUGGAACAUUUCUCGUCACCUAUAUCUGAUGCAAAAAAAAUUCCAUUGAAGAACGCGAGUAGUGCCGUUUUCUCGAUAUUAAGCAGAAAAAGAGCAGAAGGAACUAAAAAAAUUGGUUUACGUCAUUUGGCUCGUGAAUUAACAGUACCAACCGUCCCGGACAUAUUGACAUUAAAGAGGCGACAGAAGUUACAAGAUACAACGCUCACUGUUAGAAAGAUAGUUUCUGCACGCAGUAAUCCACCGCCGUCUUCGCAAGAAUAUUGGCUAAGAGUGGAACUUAAUGAUGGUGAGAAGUAUCGCGGAAAGCUGAAAGGCAAAUCCAAGGUUAAUUUGGAACAAGAAGAAACUGUAAUGCCCGUAAAUUUGCCGAACAUACCUCUACCGAUAACUACUUUACCUAAUUUCAACUUUUCGAUACCAGCUCCUAGUGUACAUUUUGCUGCAGGCAAAACUGUAGCUAAUAAGGAAAAUACAUUUACUUUUGCCAGUCCCAUUAAGAUGAUCAAUGUCGAAGAAGAUGUGGAGCCUGUUAAAAGCUUCACUUUCAGUAAUCCAAUAGAUAUAUAUGAUAGUGGGAAUAAAACAAAAACGAAUGAUUUAAGUUCGUCUUCAUUAGCACAGAAUACAGGUUCUGUCAUAUCUUCUGUUGAUGGUACAGCUAUGCCAAAUUUCAUCUGGUCUGGCUCAUCCACAGCGCCUAGAUUAAAAGCAAAAGUGAAAGAUCGCCAGGAUAACUCAAUGGAAUUCGCAAUGCUUGUCAAACCGAAAAUGGAAAAUAUUACAGAUUUAUUACGUCAAAAAUCGAACAAAACUGACUCUGAUGCUAUUGGACAAUCAGACUUGAAACUGACUUCCGAGAAAACACAUACCGUUAAGACCGACAAUAUAUCUGCAAGUAUAACUUCAAAUAUCAAAAGCACGUCUAUUUCCAAAUCUUGGGAAUGUAGUGAAUGUUUAAUCAGGAACAAUGACAUAGAUAAGCAGUGUAAUGCGUGCAAAGUUCUUCGACCAGAUCUUGAAGAUAAAUCUUUGUCGACUUUAACGUCAACAACAGACAUUGUUGUACAAACAAAGCCAGUCGCAAAUGAUUGUUUUGGAUCUCAUUUCAAACUAUCUAAAGAUCAAUGGGAGUGCACAAGCUGUUAUGUAAGAAACAAACGGAGUGAUAAUAAAUGCGUAGCGUGCUGUAUGCCAAAAUCAGAAAACAAUACCGUGCAACAAACUAUCAAGCCUCAAGCCAACCUAAUGGAGAAGUUUAAACCUGCCGCAGGAUCGUGGGAAUGUUCUGGGUGUUUGUUGAGAAAUGCCGAAAAUGUUCUUACAUGUCCUUGUUGCGAUGCAUCUAAACCUAACUCCUUAAAAAAAAUCUCAGAUAAAAGGAGAAACAAAGAAACUAUUACAGAGAAUAAUACUGUUGACACAGAAAACAUAGCAAUGCAGGCAUCUGCAUCUAACAACUCUGAUAUAAUGAAUAAAUUUAAACCAAGCAAAGAUUCCUGGGAGUGUCCGGGAUGUCUUGUUAGAAACAACAGUUCUGUCACUACUUGUCCUUGUUGUGGUACCACUAAACUCAAUUCCGGUGAUGAGCGAACUAUGAGAGAGCACCUACCAACUAACGGGUUUGGAGAUAAAUUUAUCAAGCCUAAAGAUGCGUGGAAUUGUGAUUCUUGUUUGUUACAAAAUGACGCAAAGCGUAUGGAGUGUAUAGCAUGCCAAGCUCCAAAACCUGGUGUUACAAAAAUCACUAAGUCUUUAUCAAAUACUGAUUCUAUCUUGCAAUUUAAAUUUGGCAUACCAUCAAGUACAUCAAAUGUAUCUAAUCAUUCAAGUGGAUUCAAGUUUGAUACAGAUAAGGCUGAUUCUCAAUCAAAAUCCGAUACUGCAUCUUUAAAUGGAUUCAAGUUUGUUAGUGUGGAUGCAUUACAACAAAACAGUGGUGCGGCACAGUUUACAUUUGGUCUUAGAGAAGAGAACAAAGUCACGAGCGAAGCAGCCAAGAGCAGUAGUGUCAUAACGUCUUCUAUUAGUACAGGACUUAAUACAAAAACACUUGAGGAAUCUGAGUCUACUAAAAAGGAUUCACAAAAUAAGCAAGAAACUUUCAACACGCCAACAGAUAACAAUUUAACGAUAGUAAAUGAGAAACCAAGUACAAGCAUUGUUGCAACUAGCACUAUGGUGAUUACUCCAAUCUUUACAUUUGGUGUGAAAAAAUCAGAUUCUGAACAAACUGCUUUGAAUAAGGAAAAAGAAAAGUCAACCACUGCGAUAGAAAGUGUUAAGUUAACGGAAGAAGCAGUAAUAACAACAAUAAGCGAGUCAACACCAAUCACCAAUAAAAUAACUUUACCAACCCCAAUAUUUUCAUUUGGCGUACCAAGCACUAAAAGUACUGAUGCUAUUGCGUUAUUUGGUAGUACUGCUUCCACAAAUGCAACAAUACCUUGUCUUCCAACCUUUGCUCAAUCAACUUUUACUUUUUCCGAUUCAAAAAUAAUGUCUCAGCCGUCUACAACAAUAACAAACUUUGGUCAAGUUCUGACAUCAUCCACCGCCUUAUCUACAAAUUUGUCGUUCGGAGAGAACAAAGUAGUCGAAACUAUUGCUUCGUCAUUUACUAAGUCAAAAAAUGAUGUCUCGACUACCUCUUCUAUAUUUCCGAUUGUCUCGAGCUCCACAUCGUUUUUCAACAAUAAUACAAUUAACAACGAAACGAAAACGACAAUGGCGUUUGGCUCAGACAAGUCGGCGUUUACCACGACGUACAACAAACCAUCUGGAUUUGGCACAACUGAAAACAAAUAUCCAACAUUUGGCGGUAGCACCGAGGCUAAAUCUUCGAUUUUUGAGACGUCGGAAACAAAAUUGCCGGUAUUCAGUCCAUCCUCACAAACACCCGCAUCGAAUUCCCUACCAACUUUCGGUGCUUUUGGAAGUAACAGCACUCCCGUUUUUGGCAGCGUUACAACACACGGUUUUAGCGCCGUUACAACGACACCUACAGUAUUCUCGACCACCAAAUCUAACGAACCUACCAUCGCGUCGAACUCAUCUCUAUUCACAUUCGGUUCGGCAUCGUCGCAACAAUCAACAAGCGGUGGAUUUAACUUUACUGCUAACGCUAAUUCGGCUAUGAAUUCUCCUGCUGCGAAGCCACUUUUCACAUUUGGCAGCAAUUCGAGUAUAACACAGAACAGUCAUAAUGUGUUUGACGGCAAUACGUUCGCAACUACUGCUUCUUCAACAAAUACUCCUAAUUUUGCGUUUAAUCCUAAACAAGAGACAUCGAUAGCAUUCGGUCAAGGGACAACUCCAAUAUUUGGCACACAAACGGAUCCACAGACUCAAGUGAAGUCUUUCCCGUCUAGUGCUCCAUCCAGUACAGGAUUUAAUUUUGGAUCUACAGCUUCUGCUGCAACAUCAGGUUUUAACUUUGGAGGAAUGCCAUCUUCAACACCAAGUGGAGGAUUUAAUUUUAAUCCUCUUACUACUUCCACUCCAGCAGUGGCUUUUGACCCCAAUAGUCGACCUUCGUUCAACUUUACUAAAGGGAGUGCACCGACAUCAUUUAAUGCUACACCUCAAUCAACGGGAUCCCAACCACGGAAAAUCAAAAAAGCAUUUCGAAGAUGCGUGCGGUAGAAAGCGUGUGACCUGUAAUGUUUAUGCAUACACUCAGGUGCGUCUCUGCGUCUUUACAUUUGUCUAUGUAUCUGGGUGUUUUCUGUAUGUACGUUAAACGCGUUAUGCAACCAUAGUGUACAAUGAAAAUUCUGUCAUAAAUUAAUCAAUUAUGUAUUAAUGUGGUGAUAUAUAACAAGCAUAUUUGUAAUAUAGUAAUCUGAAGCUAAGACUACACGAACAUGCUUGUAUACAGCCACUUUUGUUCUCUCUCUCUCUUCUCUCCUCUCUCUCUCCUCUCCUCUCUCUCC